CCCCUCCCGCCCCUCCCGCGGGAGACGCGGUGCUGCGGAGUGGAACUGGGUUGUGGGAGACCCCAAGUUCGGCUGUGAAUCUGGGCGGAAUUGAAGCCUGGGCAGCAGUGCAGCGUAAGCCGCUCGGGCAGGCGAGCGAGCAAGCGAGCGGGAGGGCUAAGGAGUGACGAGCGACGAGCUGCACCGCAGCGUGCGGCGCCGUGGAGGGCGCUGCCCGCGCGCUCCCAGGCCGCCACGGCUCUGGGGUGUCUUGGAGGAACACUCGGCGCCCGGGGCCGGUUUGGCCGGGCCAUUCAGGGGCGCUGUCGAGGUGCGAGGCGCUUGGGGUCGGGGUCUGAGGCUGGGCGGAGCGGACCUUUACGUGGGUGAGGCCGCCCGGGGAGCAUGAGCGGGCAGCGCGUGGACGUCAAGGUGGUGAUGUUGGGCAAGGAGUACGUGGGCAAGACAAGCUUGGUGGAACGAUACGUGCACGACCGCUUCCUGGUGGGGCCCUAUCAGAACACUAUCGGGGCUGCAUUCGUGGCCAAAGUGAUGUCGGUUGGAGACCGGACGGUGACUUUGGGUAUUUGGGACACAGCAGGCUCUGAGCGCUAUGAGGCCAUGAGCAGAAUCUACUAUCGCGGGGCUAAGGCUGCCAUCGUCUGCUACGACCUCACUGACAGCAGCAGUUUUGAAAGAGCAAAGUUCUGGGUGAAAGAGCUGCGCAGCCUAGAGGAGGGCUGUCAAAUCUACCUGUGUGGCACCAAGAGUGACCUGCUGGAGGAAGACCGGCGCCGCCGCCGUGUGGACUUCCAUGAUGUCCAGGACUAUGCAGACAAUAUCAAAGCCCAGCUCUUUGAAACAUCCAGCAAGACAGGUCAGAGUGUGGACGAGCUCUUCCAGAAAGUGGCAGAGGAUUACGUCAGUGUGGCAGCCUUCCAGGUGAUGACAGGCAGUGUGGACGGAGGCUACGGACAAGGUGACCCCAGACCUGAGAAACUCAAUGGCCACCAUCAUCUGGAUACAGGAUCUCUUCCACCUCUGGAUUGUGCUGGACCACUCCAGGGCUGGGUGCAGGCUUUACUGAGACACUGCCUUCUCCCCACCCCUCACAGGGCCUCCAAGAAAUCUUGCUAUGUGAAAUCUCUUUCUUUCAAACAGGAACCUGUUUGGAUUUCUCAAGUUACCAGUCCUUCAACCCUUGGCAGUGCUUAUUUAUACCAUGAAAUUAGCACCAUCAUUACAUUUUUGUGUACAAAGCAUUUAUCUAUUCAUACUUCAAUUUACACUACAGCAAUCUCUGGCCCUGCUGCACUGGCCUAGGAAAUCAGCUGAGAGCGAACUGGCUACAGCCAAAGCUCCUGUAGCAGCUACCUAGCUCUAAAUGACCUGGAAUGUCUAACACACACAAACAGCUUAAAUGUUACUCAACAGGAAAAGCGCUUGAGGCAGCUCCUUUCCUACUGUGAUCUCAGAAGUUAGGACACUGGGCCCCCUGACCUGAUGACAAAUCCCGGAAGGAUGACAAUAUCCCAAGAAAAGCCUUAAGAGAAAACCCGCUUUUAUAGGAGCUAUGGGUAAAACCCAUCAAGUUUAGUGUUUUUUCCGAUUGCUUUUCACAAGAGAAGCUGCCAGGACCAGACCUCCUUUCUGCCCUUUGCUUUCACCAGGCAACAUUAGAAUAUAACCAGGAGUCCAGCUCCAGUGAGCAGACAGUGCCCAGCCAGGGAGGGUUGCUACUACACUUCAUGCCCUGACGAUAGUGUGGGGUGGUGGAUGUGAAGAAUAAAAUCUUAUUAAUGUCAGAAAUGUGGAUUUGGUUUAGCAGAGGAUUGACACAGUGAUUUAAGUUAAUGUUGAACUCAAUAACUGUAGAGGAAAGCAUAUUUCUAAAACUAUGGAUGCUUUUGUAGCAAUAAUAGCUAUUUUCUUUUAGAAGGAGGGUUGGCUCCUACAUGCGGAGCAAAUGAGGCUUUGAAUGUAAAUUUCAACAGUUUCCAUAAUUUUUUUUUUCCUGACUUAACAGGGCUAGGAGAGGUAUUAGUUUUCUAGCUACCUAUGGGGCUUUUCCACCUUUGGCUUGCCCCUUGAAAAUACUUCCUGGCUGGGGAGCUUACUCACAGGUAGACUCUCUUGAGCUCCUAGUUUCCAAGCACUUAGCCAAAUAACAAACACCAAAAUAUACCAUCCUGCACAAGGAUCAGAAGUUUCUAAGAUAAAAGAGUUCCUUUUAACUGCCAAUUCAAACUCCCUUGAAGAAAGGUCUCAUUGCAGACUUUUCCUGAAGCCAAAAAUGGAUGUAGGGUCAUCCUUUCCCCACCUUCAUAAUGAGUCAUUUUCGAGCAGUUUUGUUGACUCUGCUUCUAUUGGAUAGUGAGUGCUUCCAUGAUUUCAACUCUCCACUAUCACAUACAUUAUCAGUGGGCCCAAAGGCUCAAAUUUCUAGUUUCCAUUUUCAACAACCUUAGUCUUUUCAGUAGCCCUGGGCAAAGGCCUGGCUAUUCAUCCAUUAAGAACUGUCCCCUCCAACCAAGUGCAUAGCUCAAGUUGUUUUCCCAGGCAGCUCUAGAACCAAGCCUCCAGUGAAUGGUGGAGAAUGGAAAGAACCAAAACAAAACCAGAAAGUAGCCUAAAGUGGCUCGGCCCCUUAUCUCUCACUUCUUCCUGUCCUGUGAGACAUUUCUAGACAGCUGUCAGUCAAUUACCUACCAAAGCCUACUUCAGAGAAGCUAGUUUGGGAUCAAACUUCUCCACUUAAAUUUUUUACAUAGCCUGCACGCCCCCCACCCGCCCAAAUUCACAGUUUAUUUCAUGAAACAAAGAGCUACGGUAAUUGAACACAUAACAUAGUGAAAGGAUUUUUUUUGACAGUGCAGUGCAGAUAUCUUUUUCUGAUCACAACUACAGAUGACAGGAGAGCAACAGGCACAGGACUGGCACCAAGCAAACCUAUUCACACAAUCUAAGAGAUUAGGAAAGGGGCCUACUAGCUGCAGUUAUAUAUUUAUUAUUCUCACACAUGAUAAAUACUUAAUAUAGUGAACUGUAAUGUUCUGGGUGAAUUUUGUUAAAAAUAUCUUUUUCAUGGUUUAAAAUUAUUUAAAAGAAAAUAAUAAUAUGCUUUACGUUUUCUCUUCCAUUUGAACAAAGAUUUUCCUCUUUGAUGAUGUGGGAAGAGAGGAUGAAAGGGGAGAACUAGGCAGGUGGAAUUCAGAGGAGAUUCUGAGGUCUCAGUGAAGUGCAGGGAUAGGCCCCUAAAUUUGGGACAGCCCUGCCCGGCCACAUCCCUCUGCCUGAGUUCACGUGUCUCAAUCCCAGAGACAGACUUUGGGAAAUAAAAGUAGAUUCUAUUUUCAAUCUUUAUAUAAAGCGCAAAUGCUUCUAUAACUAUUAUUCCUUCCCCUUGGAAGUGAUGGGAAUUCAGUAAGAACUUAGGAGAAGGAAACUGGGACAAAAUACAGAAUCCUGUUCAGAGUGUAAAAGUCAUUAACUGAGACAGAAAGGCUGGGAGACAUUUGGGCCAGAAGAUGGCCUGUUGGCUAAAGCUGCUGGCUGAGUUGGCAAAGCAGAGAGGUAAACAUGUUUGGUCUAGGGACAAAGGUGGGGGUGGGUGAUUGGGAGAAAACUAGCCAAACAGCAUUUCCUGUUGGCAGUCAGUGAGCUGGGUGAAUGAUAGGGCAGGGUAGCACCAACAGAUUUCCCAGCCCUUGGGCCCCAGCUCAGGGCAGCAGUAACAGAUAAUCAGCAGUUAUGAGGAGUCAUCUCUUAGACUGGACAUUGCUCCACACAACACAUCUCUCCAGUCUUAGGGAAGGAUUCUGGCUUGCCUUGAGCUAAGUCAGCAGGCAGGUGAUCUCAAUAGAGAGCACAGCAAUUCUCAGGGAGGUGAAGAACUAGCUCCCUCAAUUCAGUUAGGUGGGCAAAGGACCAAGGGAGAAAUAAUUUUCCGUCAGCAUCUGGCACCCUUCCUAAAGCUGGUAUGUCUAGACAAGAGCUUGCCAGAAAUUCCCUAUGUCCACUGCCCGAGACUGAAAUCUGAAAGCACCUGAGUGUUUGAGGAAAUGGGAAUAGGGUGGGUUGAUGUAAAAGGAGGAAAACUGGUAGAAAAAAAGUUAAGCUUGCCAAUUGCCUAAUUCCACUGCUGGAAAGCUACAUUCUCAUAGUCAAGCUCCCUCUACUAGCUAGCUGCUGCUCCAAGUACAAGUCUUCAGACUUUGCACAAUGUAGACAGAAGCAGCAUAGAUGUGCCAGCCAACAGUCCUCUUUGGCCUUGAUACAGUACCCUUCUGCCUAUAGAGGAGAGCUUUGAAGAUACAUGCAUGUACAUUCAUGCAUGCAUGUCUCAACCAGGAGAUACUUGCUCACCAUAGCCACAAAGAACAUUUCAAAAUGAGCAUGGAAACCCAGGGCCCCUCAGUAUUUCCUACUGUUUCCUGGUAAAAAGUUCUUGAAAGCAGCCUGGAAACCCAGGCAGACAAGUUAGGCUCUCAUGGAUCAAAUCUUAUGUAUCUCUGUAUCACUCAUCAGUGACAAGCCCUGGCCUAGCACAUAUGAAUGCUCAGGGAGGGGCCACUGAUUUGAAUGAACAUCAGUUCCUCCCAUGGGUUCUAAGGGUAUCUUCCACAGAGCUCUGUUGGGCUGGGGAAUAGCUCCAAGAGCCCAUUAAACUUUCCAACUUGACCAGCGGAAUUGAAUUCCAUGCUUGACUCCAAAGUGGACUUUUUAUUUUAAGUUGACCAUGUGUAAAAGUUGGGGGCAAGAGACUCAAGUCUGUCUGUUUCCUUGGCUGGAGCCAACUGGAUUUCCAUACAUGGUUCACACAACCAUAAGCCCCCACUGGCUAAUGUCACAAGAGUUCUGAGUGUUGGGAUAUAAGGAAAGAAUAACAGUGGAAAAGUGUUGGGUAGGUCUGUUUUUCAAGGGGCAAAAAGAAGAAACAAAGAUUCCCCUCUCCAAAUGGUACCCUGGGGGCAGCUUGUAAGGUCAUAUAACAUUUACUGGUAUUAUUUCUGUUCUGACUCUGCACACUUGUGAUUGGAAGGAGCCUGAUUAAGAGCUGGAAGUGUAUUUUGCUCUGGUUUGGGGUCUUGCCCUCUUCCAAGGGACCAGCAAGUCUGUGCCAAUGUCUGUGUGCU